CAGGACAUGCUGCCGACUUGGCACCGCGGCCAGCAAACACGUCACAGUCGCUUCCUGGACCAGCAACUUUUCCCUCGGCACUUUUUUGAAUGAAAGUCUGGAUUUUAAGUCGGGGUUUUAGUAGGAAAGGAAUGGGGUGUCGGUUUAUGGUAAUCGGAACUGGAAAUAAGGCUAGUGUCGUUUAGUUUGAUUGAAGGUGUUAAAGUUACUGAUGGUGCGGAUGAAUCUUGUGGUUCUGACAGAAAAAGGAUAACUCGGUGGGUCGCCACCACUGCCGCCUGACGUCAGAGCGGUUCGCGUCCUUGACCAGCCUCGGCCGUAAUCGCCUCCGCUUCGGCUAGCGUCGCACUAAGACGGGACAGUGGCGGCGCCAAGGGCAAGACGACGUAAGGCGGGGCCAGUGACGGCUCGACCGACACAAACGGGAUGCACGCCAAUGUGCAUGCCGACAGAAGUUCAUGGCGGCUGCCACCGGACGAGACCCUGCAAGUGGCCGAUCCCAAGGCCAAAAAGGCCGAGGUAGGUGACGAAGAGGAGCUAGCGUUGCAAGAAGAUGAGGGCCAUAACUGGUGGUCCAUAAUCUUCUCGCUCUUAGUGAUAGGAUUAGUGAUAUCUGGCAUAGUAGCCGCCAUUUUCCUAGUUGGUUACGUCGACGAGCUUCUUUAUUGGCACGGGGAAAGGAUGAAAUUAGAGCAAUUUUUACAGGGUGAACUAAAUCCAAAACGACUUCCUUCUUCCUGGAUUUCCUCCAAUCAUUUCGUCUUUCAAGCUGAUGACGGUAGCUUGGCUAUUUUGGACACCAGCAAUAACUUUGCCGUCUCAGUUUUAGUCACAAAUCACACCUUGAGACAACUAAACGUGAGAGGAUACCAGUGUUCAAAAAACUUAAAAUAUGUUCUUUUUCAACACAAUGUUAAAUCGGUUUUUAGACAAUCCUUCACUUCCCACUACACAAUCUACGACGUCAAUAAAGACCAUCACAUACCUGUCCGGUUGGAGUCCUCGCCGAAAGCUCAGCCGGAAAGAUUGCAAUACGUCAGUUGGCUGGGAGACACCACGUCGCUGUUAAUUGUGUUCAAUAAUAACAUCUACUACCGGGGAUCCCCAGAGGAUGAAACGGAUACGCAGCUGACGUUUACCGGUCAGCCUGACGUUGUCUAUAAUGGGAUUCCCGAUUGGUUGUAUCAAGAGGACGUACUUAAAUCUCAAGAAGCCCUCUGGGCAUCGUACGAUGGUACUCAUCUACUCUACGCCACGUUUAACGACAGUGACGUAGGCAUUCUAAAUUUUCCAUGGUUUCAGACCGAAACCGUACUAGCUGCUGGAAAAGCAUCCAACAGACCCAUGUCUUUCCCGUCUUCUAGAAGCGUUAGAUAUCCGACACCCGGUACGCCUAUACCUCAAGUGCAACUCUGGGUGACGGAUUUAGGAAAUUUAACUAAUAAACCUCAAGAAGUUCUACCACCAAAGGCCUUAUUAGGACAGGAUUACUACUUGACCUCCGCCGGCUGGAUAGGUCAGAAGAACACUCAGGUGUCCGUGGUCUGGAUCAAUCGUUCCCAGAACCUCAGCAUCGUGUCGGCGUGUCUCGCACCAACGUGGAUGUGCAACGAGACUCAUGCAGAAAGAGCACUCGAACGCUCGUGGUUGGAUGUCCAAGAACACCCAAUAUUCUCGCCGGACGGUGACAGUUUUUUGAUGCUGGCCCACGUGCAAGAGGGCAGCAGAGAGACCUACACUCACAUCAAACACGUGACAGUAACUCAGCAACAUAUAGCAGUACUGAGCCAUGGACCUCACGAAGUCAGCAAGAUCCUAGCUUGGGAUACCAACAGUCAUCUUAUAUGGUAUUUAGCGACGGAACAACACAAGACUGGUCAAAAGCAUCUGUACGUAUCGCAAGAUCCAACCAAUGAUGACCCUAGAAGACUAGAAUCGCACUGUAUAACGUGUAACCUGGAAGAUGUUCUGUGGAGCAGCAGAUAUCUCUAUGGAAACUGUACGCAUUUCGAUGCACAGAUCAGUCCUCAAGAAGGUUCUGCCAUGUCCUUAUACUAUGUCCUCCAAUGUGGAGGUCCCGGUUUACCAUUGGCUGGCCUACACAACUCAACUAGUCAUAAGUUACUGAAAAUUCUGUACGACACUAGAGCGAGUUACGGACAUAUUCUACAGGACCUUGCAAUGCCCAGAAAGACUUCUUUUGAGAUACCUCUUCCUCAAGGUAGCUUGGCUCAGGUACAACUGUUGUUGCCUCCAUCUUGGAGGGAAGAAUUAAGAGAUGCUGCAUAUCCAGUAGUAGUCGAAGUGAACGGUAGACCAGGAAGCAAGGCAGUCACUGAAGAGUUCCGUGUUGACUGGGCAACGUUCAUGUCCAGUCAUUGUGAUGUAGUUUACGUAAAAUUAGAUGUCAGAGGUUCAAAAGGUCAAACCAACAGAGCUCUGUAUCACCAAUUAGGAGGUGUGGAGGUUCAAGAUCAGUUAUCAGUGAUAGAAUAUCUUUUAAAUAAGGAUCAUAAAUACCAUAAGUACCUGGAUAAAACCAGGAUAGGUAUAUGGGGGUGGGGGUACGGUGGUUACGUCACUUCCAUGGUGCUGGGCAUGGGCAAUCAACAAAAGGUGUUCAAGUGCGGUAUUGCAGUGAAUCCUAUAACAGACUGGUUAUAUUAUAACUCAGCUUUCACGGAAAAGAUUCUCGGUCUUCCCACCGAAAACUACAAGGGAUACGUGGAAGCGGACGCUACGCAGAGAGCCAAAAAUAUUCCCAAAAAGUCGUUCUUCCUUCUUCACGGUUUGGCCGAUCUGACAGCUCCAUAUCAGCACAGCGUAUUGCUAUCGAGAGCCUUGUCACAAGCGGGAGUUCUCUUUCAAUACCAGAGUUACCCUGACGAAGGCCACGACUUGGACGGAGUCCUGGGACACGUCUACAUCUCCAUGCAAAACUUCUUCGAAGAGUGCCUUAAACUGGACACGGGAGAGCGGGAAACCCCCGAGCCCGAAGAUACCUGAAACUUACUUCAUCAUCUGUUGCCCUACCACAGCCACGUGACGGCCUUCAGGAGGCUGUUCAACACGAGCGAGGACAGCACAUAGCGAACAGCAGAACAUAAGAAAACCUUUUAGAAACUGGAAUAUAGCGUAAACUCGCACUCUACCUAGGCUGUGAAACCGGAAGUGACCAAAAACAAUUGAAUACGGCAAUCAAUCCUAAUUUAUGUCAUAUACUAACAUACUAAAUGUCGUUUUUUAUCUAAAAAAAUAAAAAAGUUUUAGAGGUGAGCCACUUUUGGGACGCACCCGGUAUACAAGUAUUUCUUAUAUCUAUAUUUUGUGUGUGAUUAUAUUACAGAACCUAAUUCUAAUUAAAUGAAGUUAUUAGCAACACAAGUUCUAAAUGGUCAACUCUUAUUGAUUUAUCUAUAGGCAUAUUUUAGGUGAUUUUUAAUCUCUUUGGUUAUUGAGACGUUUCACGUUAUACAGACGUCAGGUAUGGCACGUAUAUUUGUCCUAAUUUAUAUUUAAAAGUUUUUUUUUAGAUGAUGUCAUAAUUAAUUUAUUAUACUAGUUCUCUGUUCUAAAUCUUUUAAAAAUAAUUUUAUCUAAUAAUACGUAUUUUAGAGGUCAUUUGACAGUUGUAUACAGCCUGGGUAAGAUGUUAGAUUCGCUUACAAUAAAAAAAUGUAUUUUUUAAUAUUUUUUAUUACACUUCUAUAGUUUUGUCUUCAAAAUAGAUAUAAUUUCAUAUUAUUUCUUAUAAUUGAUAAUUUUAUGAUCUAGAUCUAUCCGAAAUAUGAGUGGAAUUAUUGAAAAACUUUAGUGACAUUUUUGGUUGUGAUCAGUCAUUUUUAAAAGCAAUAAAUUUUAAAAAGUCACCAACUCGAAAUGUUUGUCGUUUGCUUUGAAUAAAAAUAUCAACGAAGGAGAGGUAGAACUCGAUGGGCGAUUAAUAUGGCUGACUUGAAUUCCAGUUCAGCAAAAAUAUCAGAUACGCUACAGAAACAUCUAAGUCAAAUUUAGGUAUCCUAAUUAUUUUUGACAAGUAGUAGUAUUUACAUGAAAGAAAAUCGAGAAAAGAUCCAGUGGUUCCCAAAAUUUAAGCAAAAAAGCAUUUUUUGUUUAAAUUUUCAAACUAAAAUUACUCGGUUAUUUUGGACUUAUUUGAAAAAUGGACAAGAGAAAAAAUGUUUCUUUUGACCAGAUCUACCACCCCUUAAACACUUACUUCUGGGACACCCUAUACAAAACAUUUAAGCCUAAAGCUAGGUUGACAUGGGUAGUGAAGUACGAUCGUGUCUCACACUUUCGUGAGCUACGAAAGUACCAAAAAGCCAUUCGUUCGUGAAACACGAAAAUCGUCCAGCGAUCGUAGGCUGUUCUAUAAAGUUCGUUUGGUGGAAGGUUGUACACUAAUGUGCCAAAUAUUACGACAUUAAAAGACGAGUGAAAAUAAUUAAUUGUGGCAUUCAUGUCAAUAUCUCUUCAUAGAGUUGCCAAUAUUUACUAUUUUACGUCUUUUCAUCAGACAUUUCUAAUUUACUCGCGAGUCAUUACUGUAUAUUAAAAUUAAAUUUAUAUUUAUUUUAAUUAUGGUUUUGUUAUGCAUAUGAAGUUAAUUUUUAUAAUCAUAUACUAAAAUAUAUUUUAAAAAAUGUAGCAAUUAAACAUUAGAACUUUUUUUUGCAACAAAUAUUAUAAUCGUAAUUAUAAUAAGUCAAUCAAUAUUUUCUAAUGCGAGAAUAGUGCAAAAUAUGCUUUUUUUAUCUCAAUUUCCACUGCGAUUUUUUAUUCACUAAAGAUUCGUGAAAUAUCUCACACGUUUGAUUUGCUUAUUCACGAUCGUGGUGUCUUUCGUAUUGAUUCGUUUCGAUUCUUCUUUCACGAAUCUACUGUUGACAUGAGGCGUGGUCCACGAAAGUGUGGGCCACGAUCGAGCUUCACACCCGUUUCAACGUAGUUUUAAUGCCCACUUGCACCGUUUGUAUAAACUUAUUAAUCAAAGUUUAUACAAACGGUGCAAGUGGGCAUAAGUAUCACAACACAAUUCACUCAAACCAAAAACUCGCAAUACAAAAUAAACUGUCAAAAUGAAUGAGAAUGUCAGGAAAUAAAAUAAAUAAAAGUGGCAACUUGACAAUUCUACAACAGAGCUACAACCUGAAUCCCCAGCGGGAAAUUUAAAUUCCAGUUAGUCAGCCGGGCAUCGAAUAUGUUCAUGGUUGGCAAAAAUGAAUUUAAAAAUCGCAUGGUAAAUAUGUAUAAAGCCAGCAUAGAAAAUUAUAAAACUAUUCCUAUAUCAAUAACUCCACUCAUAUUUAAGCUAUACCUCUGCCUAACCUUUUCUUUGUAUUACUUUAUAUGAUUUUCGCCUAACAUAGAGAUAAUAUAGAGACUCCAACACUAAUACGAAAAGUGUCCGAGAACAAUGACAAUCCCAAGCGACGCGACGAUGUGUAGAAGUGAAUGCUUAGUGCAUGAUAGAAGCCACGUUUCAGUGUUUAGAACAGGAGUUCCACCCUAAAAGGAAUAUUAGAGAAGAAAAUUUAUAAGGAAUUUUCUAUAGAACUGCUUGAAAGAAUUUACUAAUUGUGUAAUUUUGUGUUUUAUGUUAUCAAACACGAUCAUUGAUAUUCUAAAUAAAUUUGUAAAUAUUAGGUAAUAGUUAGAACGAAGUUCGCGAUCUUUCUGAUAUUUCUAUCUAUAAGACAAGUUAUUAGGCGGAAUAUUAUUUUUAAAGGAAAUUAUAUUAGCACGUGAUCGAAUAAAAACGACGUCAGGAUAGGCCUAAAAGUUUAUAUUGUGUUAAACGGGAAACUGUUGAAUAUACUAUUACUAUAAAAAUAGAUAGAGUAAUAUCAACCACAAUCAGUCAAACCCAGAUGUAUGGUGCCGUACAAUCGAAAAAAGAAACGGCGUCAAAGACUGCCGGGGAAUUACAGUCGGUAAUUAUUUUGACGAGGUCAAGCCCUAGAUGUGAUUUAGUUAUCCCGUACUGGCGCUUACUGCCAGUUGGGCCUUAAGAAUAUUGUAAUUUAAUAAUAUCUUGCCAAAAUUACCAUCGAUUGUCAUUCCCCAGCCGUCUUAGACGCCGUUUUUUUUUUCGAUCAUAUGGUAUAAAAUCACAUUUUCAUAAAUUUAUAUCUGGUGUGUAUAAUUGAGUACUCAAUCCUAAUUUAUGUCAUAUACUAAUAUACCAAAUCACGUUUUUUUAUCUGAAAAAAUAAAAAAAAUUAUA